CCGCCCCACAGCACCGCGCCUUAAAGGGCCGGGAUUUGCGGGGGCGCAGGUUGGCUGCUGCAGGUAUGGAGGGCAUUCUGACAGCCAACUGGAGCACAGCCGAGGCAGCAAGCACCGGACCACCGGGGACCGAGGGCAACCGCACGGCGGGGCCACCGCGACGGAACGAGGCCUUGGCGCGCGUGGAGGUGGCCGUGCUGUGCCUCAUCCUCUUCCUGGCACUAAGCGGCAAUGCGUGUGUGCUGCUGGCGCUGCGCACCACGCGCCACAAGCACUCGCGCCUCUUUUUCUUCAUGAAGCACCUAAGCAUUGCGGACCUGGUGGUGGCCGUGUUCCAGGUGCUGCCGCAGCUCCUGUGGGACAUUACUUUCCGUUUCUACGGGCCUGACUUGCUGUGCCGCCUGGUCAAGUACCUGCAGGUGGUCGGCAUGUUCGCCUCCACCUACAUGCUGCUGCUCAUGUCGCUAGACCGCUGCCUGGCCAUCUGCCGGCCACUGCGUGUGCUGCGCCGCCGCACCGACCGCCUGGCCGUGCUCGCCACGUGGCUCGGCUGCCUGGUGGCCAGCGCCCCACAGGUGCACAUCUUCUCGCUGCGCGAGGUGGCGGAGGGCGUUUUCGACUGCUGGGCCGUCUUCAUCCAGCCCUGGGGGCCCAAGGCCUACGUCACAUGGAUCACGCUGGCCGUGUACAUCGUGCCGGUCAUCGUGCUGGCGGCCUGCUAUGGCCUCAUCAGCUUCAAGAUCUGGCAGAACCUGCGCCUCAAGACGCUGGCGGCCGCAGCCGCCCAGGAGCCCGAGGGGGUGGUGGCGGGCGCAGGGCGCGCGGCUCUGGCGCGGGUCAGCAGCGUCAAGCUCAUCUCCAAGGCCAAGAUCCGCACGGUCAAGAUGACCUUCAUCAUCGUACUCGCCUUCAUUGUGUGCUGGACGCCAUUCUUCUUCGUGCAGAUGUGGAGCGUGUGGGACGCGGACGCGCCCAAGGAAGCCUCGGCCUUCAUCAUCGCCAUGCUCCUGGCCAGCCUCAACAGCUGCUGCAACCCCUGGAUCUAUCUGCUGUUCACUGGCCAUCUCUUCCACGAACUGGUACAGCGCUUCCUCUGCUGCUCCCAAGGCUAUGUGACGAGCGGCCGGCAGGCUGAGACAAGCGUCAGCAAGAAGAGCAACUCGUCCACCUUCGUGCUCAGCCGCCGCAGCUCCAGCCAGCAGAGUGGCUCACAGCCCGCCACAGUGUGA